CGCCUCUCGCCCCUCAACGAGGACAACGGGCGGUUCCUGCUGCUCGCCGCCCUCAUCGCCGCGUACCUGAGCGCGGGAGCCAGCGUCUUCUCGGCCCUCGAGAGCCCGUCGGAGGCGGCGGCGCAGCUGCGCUGGAACCGGACGCUGCACAACUUCAGCCGCAUCUUCAACAUCAGCCUGCCCGAGCUGCGCGCCUUCCUGCGCAGCUACGAGGCGGCCAUGGCCGCGGGCAUCCGCGUGGACGCGCUGCGCCCGCGCUGGGACUUCCCCGGCGCCUUCUACUUCGUGGGCACCGUCGUCUCCACCAUCGGUUUUGGAAUGACCACACCAGCAACCGUGGCUGGAAAAGUAUUCCUCAUUGUUUAUGGCCUUUUUGGGUGCGCUGGGACUAUUCUUUUCUUCAACCUCUUCUUGGAACGUAUUAUCUCUCUCCUGGCAUUUAUCAUGAAGGCCUGUCAUGAGAGACAACUGCGAAGAAGUGGUCUCCUACCUCCCAACUUCCAAAGGGGGUCAGCUAUCUCUGGGGUUGGCAGCCUUGUCGGGUGGAAGCCAUCUGUUUAUCAUGUGAUGCUGAUCCUAGGAAUUUUUGCUAUCACACUUUCUUGCUGUGCCUCGGCAAUGUACACAGCAGUGGAAGGAUGGAACUACAUUGACUCCUUGUACUACUGUUUUGUCACCUUUAGCACCAUCGGCUUUGGAGAUUUGGUAAGCAACCAGAAUGCUGUAUACCAAAAUCAGGGAUUAUACAGAUUCGGAAACUUCAUAUUUAUAUUAAUGGGAGUAUGUUGCAUAUACUCUCUUUUUAAUGUAAUCUCAAUUGUAAUCAAGCAAGUUUUGAACUGGGUGUUGAAAAAAUUCGAAUGCAGAUGUUGCCCAAAGUGCCAUAAAUCAAGUGCCCGCCUUGGGCGUCGCAACGCCAUCACCCCAGGAGCUCGCCUGCGCCGACACAACAUUUCUGUGGAAACUGAUGGACAGUACGACAGCGACACAGAAGGGAGGAGGCUUUCUGGAGAGAUGAUCUCUAUGAGAGAGCUCACAGCAUCGAAUAAAGUCUCGCUGGCCAUUUUGCAAAAGCAGCUGUCCGAAACAGCCAACGGCUACCCAAGGAACGUUUGCAUCAACACCAGGCAGAACGGUUUCUCUGCAGGGGUGGGUGCUCUAGCCAUCAUGAACAACAGAUUGGCAGAAACAAGUGAUUCUAGACAGAGCAGAUACCUGGACAGACUGAAGCACAAGAAAUGCAGACGGAAACUGAAGGAAUGGAGUGAGAAAAUGAAAGCACACUGCACUAAAUUGCACUUUCUUUUCAGAUGCAUGUGCAUUUUGCCUGUGUUGCGCAGCACUGAGGAACCACCUUGGCCCAUGACAGCUCAGUUGCAUCACCGUCUCUCCUGCUUCCUUGGAAUAUCAGCAGGAAGGGAAGAAACAGCCAACACAUGCCUACAUGURCUGUGCAUUUUGUCCAAGAGGUGAACACUGGUGAGGCCUGAUUUGCAAAUCUAAAAUAAACCACAUGGAUGUAGAUGUAUUGCAAAGAUAGGCGUUAUGUAGGUGCACUGUACGCCAAGAUUUCCAUACCCAGGUUCCACC